AUGCUUGCCACAGUAAUUUUUAAAUUCCACAAUAAAAACUAUAGGAAUCAUUACAAUUCAGACUGCAACUACCUUUUCAAUUAUUUAAUAAAACAACGUGGAAGUGAGCUUUAUAUAUAUGAUUUAAAAACCCAUGAAAGAACUUCCACAUCAGCUUCAAAUAAAUUUGGCGCAAAUAAUUGAUUAUUAGAUAGCAUAGUCAGCAUUAUCAAGAUCUCAAACUCACAUUUGUUUAUCAUCGGGAAAAAUAAUAAAGGAUAUUUAAUGGACCUAAGAACCAGAAAAAUUAGCUUUUACCUUGAUCUUAAAAUUGAAGAUUAUGGAAAUUUUCCAAUAUAUCCUUUUAUUUAUUAUGACAAUUGUAUAUAUAUUAUUAGCAAUUUCAGAAUUUUGAAGUAUAAUCUAUAUAAAAAAAUAUCGACCAUAAUGAAAUUUCCUUGUGUUCGUUAGAUUAAAUUGAGUGUUUUAAGUCCCUAGAAGUAAUAUGUAUUCCGCACAGGGUGGCUGUGGGGUAGGCUCUUCAAGUCAGCUUGAACUAGAACAGAAUCUUUUGUUUCUCGGUCGAGGUCUCCCUAAUUGAUGCUUUAAUUAUGAUUUUCAUAGGCUCAAUUUGCAACCCAAGCGCCAGCUUUACCUAACCCUGCUUAGCUCAGGCUAUAUAAUCUCUUAAUCAAACCAUUUCCAAAUGGAGAGACUGUAGCCCUUAAGAUCUUGCCAAGCUUGAUCUUUACCCUGGAUUAUCUCUAAAAUAAAAACUCAAUACCUUACACCAUUUUGAGGCAUGCCAUCAAAUUGCAUAGACAAGAAAGCCACCCUGCAUCUAUCGGACACUGGGUUCUUUCGGCAAAAACUGCCGCUCAAGCACGGCAACUAAUCAGCAGAAAUAGUGCUGGGACUCUCACUUCAAGGUCAGCAGCUCCUUGCCCCAAAAAAUUUUCCAGAGAUGCAUAGGACACUCGCCACGGGGAGGCAGGCCAUCCCACAAUCCAUUUUAUUUAUGUCAUUUUAGUGUUAUUGAAGGUUAG